UGUCUUUCUCUUUAGCAGUUACUACUACCUAGUUUCACUAUCACUCACUCUAAAUUCAAAUUUCAAAUUAGCAGAGAACACAGAAACAGUAACAUCAUCAUGGGUUGCGUGUCUUCAAAUCUGUUGAACCACGAAGACGAGUUAGGCCAACUCACCACCUCAGCACUCGGCCACCACAUCGUCUCUCUAACUUCCACCACUUAUGGCCUUCUCAACACCCUCGAUCCAACCACCACCACCACCACUCCACCACCACCUUCUCGUUUCUCCAUCAAACCCCUCCGCUCCGAACCACCUGAAAUCAUCAACUCUUGGGAACUCAUGGAAGGUCUCGACACAGAAAGCUUCCGUUUCUCACCUUUACCACCCUCUCACAAAGAAAACUCCAACCCUAAUCGAAACCCUGCUUUGAAAAAACCCGUUUCGACUCUCUCGGAUCGGUUCGAGAAAAUAUGUCCACCUAACGGAGAGAAAAAAGUGGUGAUCUACACGACCACGUUGAGAGGCGUUAGAAGAACGUUCGAGGCUUGCAAUGCGGUGAGAGCGGCUUUUGAUGCGUUUGGCGUGCAAAUCUGUGAGCGUGACGUGUCGAUGGAUAGCGGGUUUAAAGAGGAACUGAGGGAACUUCUGAAGGGGAAGGAAGCUACGGUGGUUCCUCCGAGAGUGUUUGUAAAGGGUUUCUACAUUGGUGGUGCUGAAGAGAUGUUGAAGGUUGUGGAAGAGGGUUUGUUGGGAGAGGUUCUUCAAGGUUUGCCUAGAAAAGUGGUUGGUGGUGUUUGUGAGGGUUGUGGUGAUAUGAGAUUCUUGCCUUGUUUUCGAUGUAAUGGAAGUUGCAAGAUGGUUCUUCAUAAACAGAAACAGGGGAAUGCUGUUGUUGUUAAAUGUAGUGAUUGUAAUGAAAAUGGGUUAGUUCUGUGCCCACUUUGUAGUUGAUUGAUUAUCAUCAUGUUUCUUUCUAAUUUUGUCAUUUACUCACUCACUCACUCAUUUGUAGUAACCGUUCUUCUGGUGAAUUGUCUCAAUUCACAGUUUUUAGACAAUUUAGUUCUUUAUGCUUACUAAAUCUUACUUAAAGCGAUCCUUUUGUGUUUUGUGCAUUGUUAUUACUCACUCAAUUUGAAU